UGCAGACUGCAGCUGCUUCAAAACCAACGGUGGCCGCUGGUUUUUCAAGCCUGCAUGGCCUUUUCUUUCUCCUUUUUUUUCCUUCUAAUUUUUCUGCCACGCAUGUCCACAUCAUUAUUUAAUUUCUUUCUUCUCUUUUCUUUUUUAUCCUCAAGAGUUUUCGUUCUUAUGUUGUUUUCUGUCGCCGUAUGUCUUCCUUUCGCAGUUUCAGCUCUCCCUCUCUCGUCUCUCUACCUCUCUUCUUAUGUUGGGCAAGGGCUCACUUACUCUCAGAUGACAGAGUAAGUAGUUUCUCCGUGUUUUUUCUUGUCCUUGUCCUUGCCCAAUUCCGACGACGAUGGUUUCCCAUCAUCCUUCGCUCCGGCGAAUCUCCGAGUGCUUUGUCAAACCAGAGUGUCUUCCCCAAGAAUCGAAGCAGCCUUACUAUUUGAACCCUUGGGAUCUCACCAUGCUUUCCGUCCACUACAUCCAAAAAGGUCUUCUCUUUUCCAAACCCUCUGAGGCCUACGCCGACCCACACAAUUUCAUGCUCACUCUUCUCCACCGCCUCAAAAACUCCCUCUCCACCGCUCUCUUCCAUUUCUACCCACUUACCGGCAGAUUAUGUACGGCCAACAAUCAGAUUGAGGUUCAAGCUUCCAUUUUUAUUUAUGUGGACUGCGUUAACAGCCCCGGAGCAAAGUUCACCCACGCUGCUCUCGACGCUACAAUUUCUGACAUUCUGUCCCCAAAUGGCGAGCCUUUACUGCUCCAAUCUCUGUUUGACCUCAACGGAGCCGUCAACUACGAUGCCCAUACCCUGCCUUUACUCUCCAUACAGGUCACUGAAUUGUUGGACGGCAUCUUCCUCGGUUCCUCCUUCAACCAUUCUUUAGGCGACGGAACCUCUCACUGGAAUUUCUUCCGUACCUGGUCUGAGAUUUUUAAUGACGUUCCAAUUUCACGGCCGCCCAUUCUGAAGCAGUGGUUCCCGGAAGGGUAUGGUCCAAUCCUCAAUCUCCCCUUCACCCACCCGGAUCAAUUUAUCAGCAGAUUCGUAGCACCCCAACAACUUAGGGAGAGAGCGUUCCACUUCUCAAAAGAAUCCAUAGCGAAACUGAAAGCACGAGCCAAUGCAGAGUGUAGCACCAAGGAGAUCUCGUCGUUUCAGGCAUUGUGCGCGCUUGUGUGGAAGUCCAUAACCCGAGCUCGUUGCGCACCAGAGGAUCAAAGCACCAACUGCAAGUUGAUGGCCAAUAACAGAGGAAGACUAGAGCCACCCCUGUGUGAAGACUACUUUGGCAACGUAGUGACAGUACUGAAAGCAGAGGCAAAAGCAGGGGAAUUGAUUGAAGCAGGAGUUGGUUGGGGAGCAUGGAAAUUGCACGAAGCCGUGGUGGACAACAGGUACGAGAAGUUGAGAGAGGAAGUUGAAAAAUGGUUGCAGUCUCCCUCUUUUCAUCGAUUAGAGGGGAUUUUGGAUUCGUACAGCGUGGUGAUGGCGAGCUCGCCGAGAUUCAACGUUUAUGGGAAUGAAUUUGGGAUGGGAAAAGCGGUGGCGGUUCGGAGUGGGUAUGCAAACAAAUUCGACGGGAACGUGUAUUGGUAUCCAGGAUACGAGGGAGGAGGAAGCAUUGAUUUAGAGAUCUGCCUGCUCCCGCAGAAUAUGGCAAUUCUAGAGUCUGAUCCAGAGUUCAUGGAAACUGUUUCUCAUCUGCUGUGAAAUGUGAAAUUUAUGGACAUUCUACUGUUUUUUCUUCUUACAAUUGUUUAUAAGUGGAAUUAUUUUCUUACGUUUUGUUUGACAGCUAUGAACAUGAUUGGUGUAAAACAGAAAAAGGAUUUGAAAAUGAGAAAAAAAGAAAAGCAACUUUGUU